AUGGCAGCCAUUGUAACAGGGCUCAUCCCAAUCCUCCGCACGGCAGUGGACACCACCACCACCUACAAGUCCCGCUCGCUGUGGUUUGGCUUCCUCUGCAUGCGCCUGGUGGCCCUGUUCAUGGCUGAGAUGCCCUGGUUCAAGCUGGAUGCGGACUUCAGCUGCAACACCACCCAGGACUUGUGCACCUGAGGCUGCUUCAAUCAACACUGACAAGCCUGUCAUGGAGGCCUGGAACAACUUCUUCAUCCUCCUCAUCCUGUCUGUCCUCCUCAUGGAGCUCUUCGCCUCCCACCUCCGCUCCGCUGCCCAGAAGAGGAGCUCCAGGCAGAGGAAGAUCACUGUGGUUGGAGGCCCAGAAGAAGAGUGUCAGUGUGGCUAAAUCUGAACCCCCAGGGAAGAUGGUGAUUGACCUCCACAAAGACAGGGUCACUGUGGGCUUCUACCUGCUCAGCACUGUGCUUUGUCUAUGCUUUGUCUAUGUGCUUCUGUCCUGGAACCUACCUAAAAUAGAUGAAGGACCGUUUAAGUGUAAGUCAGCUAUCUGA